AUGGACAACAUCGACGAGAAAUAUGACCGGCUCGUUGGACACCUUCACGACUGCGUGAAGAAGGCUGAGAGUUUUAAAACCACCAAGAGGCGCCUGUCUCUUGAAACUCUUGAGCUGAUACGCCAGCGUAGAGCAGCACGAGCCGCAGGGAACCAAGAACUCACGUCCAAGCUCGCAAGGCUUUGCAGAGAGUCGAUAAAGGAAGACCUUAAAGAGAGAAGAGCAGAAGUGCUGGCUGAAGCUGCAGAGGCGGGGAAAAGCAUCCGUUAUGCCAGUUGA